AUGACGAUCAAUAGAAAGGAAAAGAAACAAUCCUUUAAUUCAACUAAAGAGAUACGAAAAGCAUUAAAAUUCAGUGAUGAAGUGAAAUGGAAACGAUUUUCUAAUAGACGAUAUCAAUUAAUUGACACAUUUGCUUUAAAGGAUGAGAAAGCAAGUGAACAAGAUGAUAAAAUAUCACAAGUAGCUGAUAUUUUAAGAACUGAGUUUAGUUAUCCCGUAUCUACAGCAGAAUAUUUUGAGAAAUUAGUUAUUGUAGCAAUCCAAUGUGUAAGACGUAAUAUGAAGAGGUCAUUGAGAAGACAAGUGAACAAGAUAUCAAAACAAACAACUGAUGGCCAUUCUAAAUCAAACAAAGGGUUAGCUAAGCGAUUAAUAAAAAUACAGGAGAAUGUUAAGUAUAUUAAAGAGUCUUGCAAUAUUCGAGGGCACGAGAUUCUCGAAGGAGUUGAAAAUACGAAUAAUAGGAAAGAAAAUACAUCUGUACCAAGUAUUGCUCGAUCUGUUAACCGUGCUAUACUAGUGUCAUCUUCUGAAACUAUAGUGGAAGACCCUCCAGAGAUAUAUGAUAACAUUAUUAGAUCGGUUUUAUCAGAUAUUAUCAACGAAGUAAUACCAUUUUCCGAACAAAAAACUAAAGCAUCACAGAAAGAACCUGAUUUAUCGAAUUUUUUGACUAAUUGUGAGCAAGAUAUGGAAUCUUUGAUAUCUUUACGAACAAAAUCAGAAAUACCAUUCUCAUUGAAAGAAAAAUUAUUACAUAAUAUUGAGAAAUCUAGAACUUGUUCAGAUAUUGCUAAAGAACAUGAUUCACUCGACCAUUAUAAUAUUCUAUGUAAUUUAGGAAAAUCUGCGUAUGAUGCUGCAUUAAAUUUUGUUGUAGAGAAGUUUACUCAAAAUCAGAUACAUGCAUUAGAAUUUUUAUCUGAUAAAUCAAGCUCAGAUGAUUUUAUAUCUGAUUUAUCACGACAACUAUUCAGUACUGCAACCAAAAUUGACCUUUCGGUGUCUCUUUCUAACACUGCGGUAAUUAAAUUGUUUGUCAUUACAGUAGGAUCAUUGAUUAAGGAUUUCGGAUUUGAUUCAAUAUUAUACCCACUUAGUGAAAUGAUUAUGCAACAUAUUAUGAUAAAAUAUCCACUCGAUGAGCCGAAAUCAACAGUAAUAUCUAAUUUGAAAAGUGCAUCAGAUAAGAAACAUAGUGUCCUGAUGACGCUACCGAUUAACCCUCAGUUAGCAAAUAAAGAAAUCUAUCGAGCUGUCACAAUUAAAUAUGGGAUUAAAGAACAAAAUUUCAGAUUCCCUAUGCUAAGUAAUGGUCCACCCACAAUACAAGAAAUCUUGAGGAACUGUCGUGCGUUAUUCAAUAUAAGUCAAUUGAAUAGGACAUCAUUUGGAUUGUUCAAUGAGAAAGGGCUUAUAACUGAUGAUGAUCACUUAUCACUUUUAUUCGGUGAAAUUCAGUCUGAAGGUCUCACCUUAUUUAUAAAGCCUAGACAUCAAGCGUGA